UCUAUUUAUAAGUUGACAGCUGUCGAUUUGUCUCUUUUCCGGUUUAAUUCUCCACCAAGAAGAAAUUAAAUAACAAUGGGUCGGUAUUCAAGGGAACCAGAAAACGCUACCAAGUCCUGUAAAGCGCGUGGGCCAAAUCUACGCGUGCAUUUUAAGAAUACGCAUGAAACCGCUCAAGCUAUAAAGCGGAUGCCUUUACGUCGCGCACAACGAUUUCUAAAGGCAGUCAUUGAAAAAAAGGAAUGUGUACCAUUUCGUCGAUUUAAUGGUGGUGUAGGUCGUUGCGCUCAAGCUAAGCAAUGGAAAACGACGCAAGGUCGUUGGCCCAAGAAAUCUGCAGAGUUUUUAUUGCAAUUGCUUCGUAACGCCGAAGCUAAUGCCGAUUAUAAAGGUUUGGAGGUGGAUCGUUUGGUCGUUGAUCACAUACAAGUAAAUCGGGCACAAUGUCUACGUCGUCGCACCUAUCGCGCUCAUGGCCGUAUCAAUCCCUAUAUGUCUUCACCGUGCCAUGUUGAGGUGAUUUUAACAGAGAAAGAAGAAGUCGUUUCGAAGGCUCCCGAAGAUGAGCCGGCCAAAAAAAAAUUAUCUAAGAAAAAAUUGCAGCGUCAAAAAGAAAAAAUGAUGCGCUCAGAAUAAAAAGGAAUAUAAUUUUAAAGGCCCAUGGUUUUUUCUUACAGUUUCUCAAAUUGAUUUAUCAGCAUAAGACUAAAGAAUAUAAUCUAAAUAUUCAAUUUUUAAUAUGAAUAAAAAAAAGAAGAAGAUAAAUAA